UCCGAGGAGUUCGAAUACGCGGAAGUAGAUAUUUGUUGUGCCUUGUGACUACGAAUCAUCAGGCAUUAUUUAAUCAGAACCAAGUUGUCAGGCGAAGUGUCACAGUCACGAAAAGAUUACACAGCACAAGAAAUAAUCAACAUGGCAGAUAAAAGUGGUUACCCUGGUGGGAACAUGCCCCCAGCUUAUCAGCAGCCUCAAGGAGCUUAUUAUCCCAGUGGGCCAGUGCCACCCCCAUACAGUGCCGCACCACAGCCAGCUUACCCAGCCCCAGCUGGGCCAACCAUUAUAGUCCAGCAGCGAGUGGUCGCACCACCACCGAAGAACUCACAUGGUAUACUUGGGUUCCUGUCCAAGGAGGUGGACGCCAUGGGGAGGAUGACUGAGCGCGAGAUCAACUGGGUUGCUAACAAGGCGGUCGGGCAUGUAGACCAGAACGCUAUCAGCCCAGUAUUGGACCAUUUCAAGACCAAUAAUAUUGUCCAGCUUAUAUCUCGAGCCAGUGGCCGAACCUUACAGAUUGUGGCUGCUCCUACUGGUCAUUUAGUUGUAGAUGGGGCAGGUCUAGAGGGACCAAAUGUGCCCAAUGCGGUCUGGACUGUGAUUAACGAAGGGAAAAACCAGGUGCGCCUUCACAACAACAACAACUACCUGGCCAUCGUCAACGGCAACACUGUCCUUGUCAACAUGCCCCCAGGAGCCGUGCAUGGUGUGGAGACACUUCUACAGCUGUCCUUGGCUGGUAGACAGUUUGUCACCAUCAUGUCUAAGAAGGUGGGUGGACAGUAUGUUGGUGUGAUUCCCUCAGGACAACUCAAGUCUGCCCUCGCCACAGGAGGUGGUGACCACGGACAGUUUGGUGUCCGACUCAUCUACUCACCUUACCCACCUCAAGCUGGACUCCCCAGAAAGUAAAAGGUCAAGGGUGAUAGGUCAUCUGUUACAGUGACAAGGUGACUUCCAUCACAAGGACAUUGGACGACCUUUGUUAAAAGGUCACUGUGACUUAGUUCUGAAGACACUCUUCUGAUUUUUUUUGAUUUUGUUAAUGUUCAAGUUUUGUUUGAUCAGCAAUAUUUUGUUUUUAUUACAAAAAUGGUUGAAAUUGAUUGUAGAUAUUUUUUGCUGAGCCAUGGUUUUAGUAUGUGGUGGGAUGAUCCCAUUCACAAACAAUUCCUCUGCUGGACAGUCAGAAGUACUAGUGCAGUUGUCUGUUUAUAUUUUAGCUUAUUUUUAUGUUUAAAAUGCCCAUUAACGUUCAUCUAGACAAUCGUAUAGAUCUGAUCAUUGACUUUUACUAUUUGUGAAAUGUAACAUAUAAUAAUUAGUGACAUGUGACAGCUAUUUAGUCACUGAAAACGAUGACAGUGACUUCAUAACUAAUGACAAGUAAUAGUUCAUAUUAGAAAAAUUAGAUUUAGUUAGAAAUAAGAGGAAUUUCAGUAAUCUUUUGAAAUUCGUAGUAGCUGCUCCAAUGAGAUCAAAUGAAUAAUUAUAUGUAUAUUGUCCUUCCACCACAAUAUGUCUGUAGUGCUGUGUCACUUAUCACUGUGAACAAAUGUAAUGGAAAUGUUUAUGAUGGUGGAAAGCCAAAUACACUACACCAGACUGUGACACUCCUACUAAGGAAAUAGCAUGAUGGUAAUGGCUUCUAACUAACAAGUAAUAAUAACACUAAUCUCACAGUUGAUCAUUGAGAGUGAUUCACCAAAUCAAAUAUAACAUACAACAAAUCAAAGGAUUAAAGUAUAUAUGCUGAUAGGAAUCAAAUCUUUUCAGUGCAUGGACAGCCCAGCAUACUGCUUAUUGCCAAUUUAUUUCAAAUUCAAACUGAACUAGAUCAUGGCUGUAUGUAACAUAUCCAUUUUGGUAUAUGCAUACAUUUUAAUAUAUAGCAAACUUCUAUAAUAGGUCAGUUAUAUGAUCUGUGGUUAAGUUAUCAUUUACAAUUCAAAUUAAUUUACUCUUUGAUUAUAAACCAAAAUAUAUAUCUACAAAUAAUGUGCCUGACUUUAUAUAGAAAGUAUUUAUUAUAACACAUGGUUUUACAUAUAAUAUAUAUAUAUACAUCAAUCUGUAUACCAUAUUUCUCCUGCUAUAAGCCAAGGAACAUUAACUCUAACUCGGAGUAGGGGUGGGCUUAUUGCAGGACAAUGAAACACCAUUUGUUAGCAUUUCUACUGGACUGUAUUUGACAUGGGUGGGCUUAUUACCAAGCAUGGGCUUAUUGCCAGAUGCAUACAAGCUAUAUAAACUAAGUUCUAAUACUGCAAGUUUCAAGAGUUCAUUUGUGUAAGAUUUUCGAGCAAGCCCGACCUCCACACCCCACUUCCAGAAUAGAGAUUCUGUCGGUGGGAACAGCAAUUACUUUCACUGAUAAGUAUAGUACAUUGGGGAGUUAAGGGAGGAGGUUCCCUUGUAGGCAUGGACCGCAAUCUAUCUGGGGUUUUUUCUGGGAUUCAGCAGCCAGAAACAGUGUAUGUUGUCUUCAAUAUUAGGUGUUUUUCAGUGCUUUACUCUGUGCAUUUUAUGUGAUGAUAAUACAUUGUUUUUCCUUAUUCAAAAGUAUGUGUAUAUCUGACAUCCUGUGAUAACAGAUAGGUUACUGUGAUAUUUAUUCGGACAUUAAAUUUGACCGUCAUUUUUUUUUUUUUUUUUUUUUUUUUUUUUUUUUAAUUUGUCAAUAAAUAUAAUUUGUAUGAAUUUAAAAUGAAACUCCUUUGACAAAAAUAAUAUAAGUAAUUACACGUAUAUAAAAAAAUGACUCUUGUUGACCCGGAUGGAAAUGUACAGCAGGACAUGGUAACAUGGGAGUCCUAAAAUCAAACCAAUAUGGUGGAGUAGUUGACCCAAGGCGUUUUCAAUGCAGCACGAUUCCACACCUGUACUUUUACAUCUUGAUCAUUGUAUAUUGAAGUGUGAUUAAUAACACAUUGUCAAAAAAUAUCCUAAACAUGAAAUUCCACUACUUUGAUCACACACUGACAUACAGAUCAUUGCAUCUGCUGUUAUAGGAGUCCUGUACAACCAAAUACAGUUUUGAGAAGAUACCAGGUAAACACUGGGGUCCUGAAUGUUUUUUUGAUUUUAUCUUGAUUUUUCAUUUCAUUAACACUUCUGAUCACGUUUUAUGAAGAAAAAAAAGAAAUAAAUCAUAAAUCAUGAAAACAUAAAACUUACAAACAAAAUGUUUCACUCAAAUUAAAAAAACAAAAAUCGUUUUUAAAUCACUUGGGAAUCUAGAAAACCCCAAUAAAUAUUUUUAACAAUAAGGAUUAUGAACUAUUUAUUUCUUUGUUGAUGUUAUUUGAUUUCAAUUUUUUUUUUUAAAAACCACACCAAUACAAACCAAAAAUUGUGGUAAACUUCAUGCUGAACAUAAGUUUAUUUCUCAAGAAAUUAGAGCCAAUUGUGGUUUUGUUGAUAUAUAUUGUAAUUUUUGUAGCAUACUGUACCUUGAUUUGUUAACUCGUAAACCUUGCUGUUGUGUAUUGAUUAAAUGAGUCUUUCAUUCUCACAAACACCA